CUGUUUUGGUCCUGUAACUUUGGGCCUGAGGAGAGCUGGGUUUGGGCAGGGAGGGGAGAGUAAACUGGGGUGGGAUAUCCAGUCAUGCUCUCUGCUUUGUCUCCAGCAGGCUUUGGGGCUUUGCAAAGAGCCAGAACCUAGGAGGCCAGGAGAGCACCUGGGGGCGAAGGGGCCUAAGGACUUUGUUGUCAGAAACAUAUCCCAACCAGAAGCAGUGGAAUGGGCUACAAGGAGGAGCUUACUGGAGCCCCACCUGUCACCGAGGUGCCUCAGGAGCUGCUGGAAGAAAUGCUUUGGUUUUUUCGCGUAGAAGAUGCAACUCCUUGGAAUAGUUCCAUGUUUGCCCUGGUGGCGGUGGUGGUCGUGAUAAGCAUUGUCUUCUUGGGAAGGAACAUCCAGGCAAACAGAAAUCAAAAGAGGCUGCCACAGGAAAAACAAACUCCAGAAGUCCUGUACUUGGCCGAGGCCAGAAACAAAGAUGACAACAGCCUGACCAUCCUGAAAGAGACUCUGCUCUCAGAAAAGCCUAAGUUGGCCCAGGUGGAAAUGGAUGUAAAAGACAGUGAUGUGCCGCCAGUCAUUCUCCCAGACCCACGAGAAUCUGAGAGCUAG